AUGGCAGCAAAGCCCGGUCUUGAAGUUUGCUGUUGGCCGCUCUUGUUCAAGCAAAUUGCUGCUUGGACCCGCUGCGCGGGGCUUCGGACGCAGGAGAUGGACAUGCAGCAGCAGCGGCGGUCGGCCAGCGAAGGCCGAAACACCGCCAGCAAAUGGUAUCGUUCCGUCACGCCGCAUGUGCACAGUCAGGAUAGAGACAGUCUGGAUGACUGGCGGCGAGCCUAUGACAAUAGGUUUAUGGUCACGUCCCUGCAGUACAUGCACCGCCACGUGGGCGACUGCGUCGACCAGGUCUAUCGGACGCAUGCAGAGAAGCAGGAUUACUUUCGCCAGCAUCAGCUGCCCAACUUGACUUGGAUGGACCUGCAUAUGAUGACGCAUGACAGAUCGCUCCGGCAACGGCAGCCCGCGUACUAUGGAGAUGUCGGGGGACCACCGCGAAUCGGGGUCUUGGCAAAGCGACAAGCAACUCCUUUGGCCAACCGCAUCCUGCAGCCGAAGCUGAACCUGGGAAGCAAGGCGCUGCGAGGCUACGGUUCCAACUUUGGGAAGUGA